UAAUGCUGAUUAUGCAGUGGCUAUGCACCAGAAAGAACAACUCCAUGACAAUAGCAUGUCAAUGAUGCAAUCUCAGCAUUUCUUCGUAGAUGGGGAGGUCUGUUGGAUUCAAUCUCGGAGCAACAUAUUCAUCUCAUCGACCUCAGCAGCAACAGCAACAUGCUCCAUCAGUCAGCAGUAGUGGUGUGUCCUUCACACCUGGAAACAAUCAAGAUCUGCUGCACGUGCAUGGCUCUGAUAUGUUUCCAUCUUCACAUUCAUCUUAUCAUUCCCAGAUGAGCCAGCUAAGGGUGAUCCAGAAUUCAAUGUGCCACAAUGUUAUUUUGCCAAACAACCACCAGCAUUACACAAAACUGGGCAAGAGAAGCUCGAGAAGCAGUCUGGCAAGGUUAAACAAUGAAGAUGACUUUUUUGUUGAAGCAUUAUGUCAAGAUGGAAAGAUUUACUUCACCAUUGCACUUAGACGUUUUGGAGAUGACUUCUCUGUUUUCUUUACUUGUUUUGAAUGUUAAGGUUUUAGACACUGUAUGAAUUAUGUUGUAGACGUAAUUUAAUUGACAGCUU